AUGAAGCUGUCCCACGAGACGGUUACCAUCGAAUUAAAGAAUGGCACUCAAGUACACGGCACUAUCGCAGGCGUCGAUGUUGCAAUGAACACACACUUGCGGUCCGUAAAACUCACAAUGAAAAAUGAAGAACCUGUCAGCAUGGAUACUCUUACAGUUCGAGGGAAUAACAUCCGGUAUUUCAUUUUGCCUGACACCCUGCCACUUGACACCCUUCUGAUUGAUGAAGGUCCGCCCAAGAAGCGCCCAAAGAAGGAUGCUGGUAAGUAA